AUGCAAAGUUCCCCAAUAGAGUGUGCAAGCUUGAGAAAAUCCAUUUAUGGAUUGAAACAAGCAUCUCGCAGUUGGAAUCUUUGCUUCCAUGAGAAAGUCAAAGAGUUUGGUUUCUCUAGAAGUGAAGAUGAGUUCAGUGUGUAUAUCAAGGCUAGUGGGAGUAUAGUAACUUUUCUGGUGUUGUAUGUCGAUGACAUAUUACUCAUUGGUAACGACGUUCCAACCUUGAAAGAAGUUAAGUCUUGGCUUGGAAAGUGUUUUGCCAUGAAAGACCUUGGAGAAGCUGCCUAUAUUCUUGGAUUAGAAUAUUGA